AUCAAAUUGCGAAAGGAAUUGGUUGCCUAUCGAGAGAGGAUAGCCAGGCACAUGAGAAAUCGGAUCAAAUGGAUCACCGGCAAAGAUCUAGAAGCUGAAGAAGACGACAAGAAGGAUGAUUCGAAGGACGAUUCGACGCGAGUAAGAACCAGACCAAGAGCUCGGGAUAGGACACCAGAGCAUCGCAAUCCUUUUCGCUGUCUGCAGUGGGAGAACACAAUGGCUCUGGACGAGCUGGGUCACCUGCACAGCGAGCCGCCUCCACCCCCGCGAUCCAGGAAGCAGACGAAGAAGCGAGAAGCUAUGGCCGAGCCGGCGUCAAGACCAGCCACGAAGACUCGUCGCAAGUAAUGGGACACGGGUUGCGUUGUAUCUCGCAAGUUUGAAUAUUGUUUUUUGGGAGAUGGAUCGUUCCACAGAUGGGCAGCGAGCACCCAAAUGUAUAUCUAAGUUGCCAAGUUGGCUCCUGGUUUAUGAGCGGCGGAUUUCGAUAUCUCUGCUACCAUGGAGCGUUUCCGGAUAUAGCGCAUCAUAACGACUGGUUAGAUGGACUUUGUAUUAGAAUUAGACAGGAGUUGGGAACUGAUAUGAGAGAGACGAGAAGAAAAGGCAUUUUUGUGUUUGGUUUUGUAUAUUUUCUCCAUUCCCUUCCGUUGUUUACAUGUUGCAGGUAUGUUGCAAGGGAGACUUGUGUAUAUAGCCCAUUGAAAACUUUAGUGCUGUUACAAUCGAAAAGCUCAAUUGGGAACAGCUCUGCUAAAUGAAGAGGGAUUUUGUA